CUAAAGGACACUAUCUAAAGGUAGGCUCUAAUUGGAUUGUUUUAGGCUCUAUACAAACCACACCCUUCUGUAAAAAGGAAGGGCACUGUUACCAAUCUCCUCUCCUCAAAAGCUCCAUCAUUUUGACCCAAACCCACCGACUAAACUCGAAACCCGGGAAAAUCCAUCAAAUUCCUGCUUCCAACUCUCAUCUCACAAUAUAUUGCACAGAGACAGGAAGGGGCAGAGAGAGAGGACGUUUUUGGAGAGAGAAAGAGAGUUUUCAACACUCAUCUCAUAUCCAUUACAGAGAGAGAGGGGGAGGAGGUGGUUUUUAGAGAGAGAAAGCGGAGAGAGAGAGACAUGGCUGAGGAGGAGAAAGGCACGGUGUGUGUAACGGGAGCGGCUGGAUUCUUGGGAUCAUGGCUAGUGAAGCGGCUUCUUGAGGAGGGCUACACGGUCAGGGCCACCGUCCGCGACCCAACAAACAUGAAGAAGGUAAAGCCGCUUCUUGAUUUGCCGGAGGCGAAAGAGAGACUUACGCUGUGGAAAGCAGAGCUUGGUGAGGAGGGAAGCUUUGAUGAAGCUGUUAAGGGCUGCCAUGGCGUUUUCCAUGUUGCCACCCCCAUAGACUUCAGUCCAAGGGACCCUGAGAAUGAAGUGAUAAAACCUGCAGUUAAUGGGACAUUGGACGUAUUGCGUGCCUGCGUCAACUCCAAAUCUGUGAAGCGCAUUAUUUUCACAUCUUCAGCAUCAGCUGUCGUCGUUCGAGAUCCAAUGCUUACAGAGUAUGAUGAGAGUUCUUGGACUGAUGUCGAGUUUUGCAGGAAUUCCAACAUGAAUGGAUGGAUGUAUUUUGUGUCCAAGACACUGGCUGAGAGAGCUGCAUUGGACUUUGGAGAAGAAAAUAAUUUGGAGGUUAUUACCAUUGUACCUCCCUUCAUAAUUGGGCCCUUCAUUAUGCAAAAUAUGCCCUCAAGCGUUCACUCUGCCUUAUCUCCAAUCACAAGGGAGGAAGCUCACUAUGCCUAUUUGAAGCAACAUUGUUUGAUACAUGUUGAUGACUUAUGUACUGCUCAAAUCUUCCUCUUUGAGCAUCCUGCGGCAAAAGGAAGAUACAUUUGCUCCUCACAUGAUAACACCAUCUUUCAAUUGGCCGAAAUGAUGAGGGAGAGAUACCCAGAGUAUGACAUCCCUACAGAGUUCAAAGACUGUGACGAGAGCCUGAAGCCUCUUCAUCUCUCCUCCAAAAAACUGACAGACCUUGGUUUCAAGUUCAAGUACACAGCGGAGGAUAUGUUUGACCAGGCAAUCAUGGCGUGCCGUGAGAAGGGGCUUAUACCAUUAUCUACAAAGGCUACUCAAGUUUGAAGAGACACAUGAACAAUUGCUACUGUUACUGGGGUUGUUUUCUUUUCUUAAUCUUUUUUCAUUAAGCAAGAUUCUGUGCUGCUAAAAUUAUGUCUUCAGUUUCAUAGGAAGAACAUAAUAUGUUGAUUAUGUUAAAAACUUCCAAAUUAUUAUAACAUCGCAUUGCGAGACAAGUACUUAUGCGUCAUUUGUUUUUCUUACUUAUUUGUUAAGAAAGUACUAUCUUAAUUUUC